UGAUCACCGGGCCACAUAAAAACGCCCACCAUACACUUUGGGGUAGCUGAGAUAUAAACAAAUUUUUUAAUCAUUACAUUCGGACCGAAACUAAAACCGACAGACGAAAUCAGGACAAAAUUACAAAACACAUGGCUUGCUGCAAUGAUUAUAUUUGUGGCAUUACUAGCGGUGAAAGAAGGAAGCAGGGUGCGGCACAUAACGAAUGUGUUAAAAUUCAACGAAAAUUAUAUGAUGCUGGUGUUGCGGACGAUUGCUGCAGCACUUGCUCGCAUUGUUCCAAUUGUUCCUGCCAAAAUGCAGAUGCCACCAGUUGCAGUAGCAUCGAUGACUUGGAUGCUGAUGAUAACGACGAGGAGGGACGAAUGGCACCACACGAGCUGGUGGUGUCGGCAGAAUGUCACCGCUGUUAUUUGCGCCGAAGGUCCACAAUAUCAACGGGAGAAGAGGCAGAAGAGGAAGCUCAGACAGAUGACAAAUUAACAGCGGCCAGCAUUGGCAAACAGGUCGCACAAGAAAAAGAAAAGACUACCACAGAAAGUUCAACGCAUACUAGCCGAAGAAGCAGUGCAAGCUUCUGCUCCUGCCAUUCGAGCACUUGCUGUUGCUGCGAAUGCGACUGUGCGGACGAAGCUGGCGAUGAUGACUGUGAGACUGCUACAACUGGGCAAAUGCACACCGCUAGGGACACUUCGUGUAGGGCUUUAACAUCUGCGGCAGAUUUCGAUGCAGAACAUUCAAGUAACCUGACGCCUUUGACAAAUGCAUCGUCAGUUGCGUCAACGCCAAACGCUGAAGAUGCAGAUGUAACACUGCGCAGUUUCAACAACACAUUAACAGAGGACAUAGGUUCAUCACUUAGUCAAUCCGCAGAAUAUUUCUCACUUUCUUCUGGUAAUCACCAAAGCCAAAAGUCACCCACAGAAACACCAACGCGAAGGAAACUGAAAAUUCCUGGCGAAAUUAAUCCAGCUGAAUCUGUAUCGAAAUCAACCAAUGUUCCAGCGUCUAGUAGGAAGCCCUGCAAGCAUUACAUCAAACAUCAUCGUCAUAAACGGGACACAUCUCCAUUGGAUAGCUACUUAUGACGAAGUGUUUCGCUGAUCGCGUGGCCAGCGAUCGAUGUGAACUCGCUACUUCAGCAGACGAUACGGAAAACAGCCGUUCUCCACGAGCCUGCAAUGGUGCAACAAACGCAAUCACAUGAACUACAGCAGCAAUCCGGGACACGACAUGGGAGCAAUGAUAGUUCGACCGCCACGCUGACACCAUCAAUUACAACAAUCAUCAAAUACCCACCAAUGAAUAGCACAGCCAAUAGAGCUUGUAGCGUCUCAGGCACACCACAACAGAUGUCAUUGCAUUCGCUUAAUGCCGUUACGACGGUAACUACUAUUUGUGGCAGCAACGGUGCUUCUGUGGUAACUACCGCCUCAGCACCAUGUAGUGGUCGUGCAAAACGCACUUCCAAAUUUGCGCCUGCAUCCUCGGAUGCAUUCAGCUGUGAUCCCAUGCUUUUUGGGCAGGAGCGACGAUCAACUGAAAUAAUCUUAUAGCCACGUGGCAAUAAUGGAAGCUGCAAACUGAGGGCUACAUAAAUUUAACGCUAUUUCGUGCAUAUGUUGCACGACAUACAAAUAAAACAAAAGCAGCGUGCCAGGAAAGUACAAACAUCUUCUGGAGAGAUGCUAAAAAAACUUGUACAGACAAAACUGAUUUCGAAAGCAUUAUUUUAAAUAAAAUUAAAGAGCUAAAGCAGUCAACAACAAAAGUUAAGAUCACCAAUAUUGCCCAGUACUUCCAACACCCCAAUGAAAAGAACAAUGAUAAAGAAACGCCUCAACUGAACGAUAGUUCUACCCCCGCAAUUGAACCCGACUGCAGCCAGAGUGAAACCGCAGACGUAGUUCAAAAUAGCAAGGACUCUGAAGAGUUUACUACGCCAAUUUGUCGUAAUACCCCAGCGCAGGACGUUCUGCGUAAUCAAAUUUCUUUACUGAAAGCUGAAUACAAUGUGGCAUUGCUCCGUGCAAAAUCAAACGAAAUUUCUAAAAUCAAAAAACGUAUUGGGUCUUGUAAAAAACAUCUCCGAAGAAAAAAGCUUCACGCUAUUCACUCCAAAAAGCAUAGGUUAACUCUUAAAUCGAAACUAGCAGAAAUAAGUGCAAAUAAUGUCGACGCAGCCAAUGUAACACAUAAUACUCCAGGCCGUCCUCGUAUUGAAUGUAAGCAGCCUGAGUUACUCAAAACAAUUGUCGACAUAGCCAUGUUUGGUGCUUCUGCCAACGAACGUCGGCGAAGUGAAAUUGUACGGAGUUGUCAAACCUUAAGCGACCUUCACGAAAAAUUGUUACAUCUCGGUUACCAAAUAUCUAGAAGCGCGACAUAUUUGCGAUUAAUGCCAAAAAAUUGUAAAACGUCGGAAGGAAAAAAGCACGUUGUUAUCGUACCUGUUAAAUUGAGUCGGCCAGAGGCUGAUCAUCACAAAAGCCAUUUGGACCAGCACUUCUGUGUCGCUACAAUUAGAUCGUUGGAAACGCUGGCAAGUAUUCUAGGCCCGCUGCAAGCAUGCCAAUAGGUUUAGCAGCUGCUAACAAGCAGGCACCUGUCUUAAUGCAUAUGGAGUACCGCGUUUCGCUUCCUGAUCACGAUUGGAUGAUAGCCGCCAGACACAAGUUGAUACCUAGCGUUUAUGCUGCAUGUGUAAUACAAAUUGGUGAAAUAGGACGUCCGGAAGCAGUAACCUACUCUGGACCAUCUUAUAUUGCCAUCAGAAGUGGAAAGCACUCGUCAUCGACCGCAUCCACACAUGCAUUUGAUUUUGAAAAACUUAUCACAUUAACUCAAUUCCGAAAUGUCAUAAAAGAUAAUUGUGGACGUGUUAAGCCGGUUAUUUUUGUGUCUUCUGACGGAGGCCCGGAUGAAAAUCCUAGAUACCCCAAGGUGGUUGCACAUGCAAUUCAUCACUUUCAAAAACAUGACCUCGACGCUAUUUUUAUAUUCACAAACGCACCUGGUAGAAGCGCCUUUAAUAGGGUUGAACGCAGAAUGGCUCCAUUAAGUCGGGAAUUGGCGGGGGUAAUACUACCUCACGAUUCUUUCGGCAACCAUCUAGAUGGAAAUGGGAAAACUGUUGAUCCAACAUUAGAGAAGAUAAAUUUUCGUAAAGCUGGUGAGGUGUUAGCUGAAAUAUGGAGUGGUAUGGUCAUCGACAGCUACGAAGUAUUUGCAGAGUACAUUGAAACAGAUGCUAGAGCUGAAAAUUUUGUUCCGGUAUUACCAUGUACUAAGUGGUACAGCACACACGUUCGAGAAAGUCAGUAUAUGCUUCAAAUAGUUAAAUGCACUAAUAUCGAUUGCUGUGGACAAAUGCGGAGCUCCCUACUUCAAAUUUUACAUCACCGUUUUUUACCUCCUCCAUACCCUCUUCUGCAAACACCUAGUGGUCUAAUUGUCCCAAAACCUAACGCGCAUGAUGGAAAACAUUUCGCGCCUUUACUUUUAAGACUAUCGUUGGGAUCGAAACAUUUAAAUUUUGAUAUAAAUAAAAUGGCCUACGACUUCUUUUGUCCAACCAUAAAAGGGUUGAAAAUGUAAAAAAAAUGAUCACGUGAUUUCUGAACGCCCCCUAAAGCAAAUAUUUAAGAAUGUAUGAAAAUAGCAAUUUUUUUAUUAAUAAAAGUAGUUUUAGAUCGAAAUUAUGUAAGUGUUACGCAUUCUAAUAAAAAUUUACAACUUACCUAUAUUUGCAUAUAUAUAUUUUGUUUUGAAUAAGAAAUUUUUUAUAAUUUCCUAGAAAUUGAAUUUAGGCGUAACGGCCGGAUAAGAUCGUAAUUGCAGUAUAUAUUUGUAUGAUCAAGCGAAAAUCCUUGGUCCCUUAUAAAUCAGGGCUGUUUUGGUUAGGUAGACUCACAAUCGCAUAAAACGAAAGCGUGCCUGUGUUCAGAAAUGCCGGUGUAUUCGUGCUGCAGUUAAUGCGGCAACGUUACUUUUUACGGAAGAGCAUCAAGAAAGCAACAUGGAUGCAGUAUUGCAGUAAUUGGGUGUGUUCAGAAAUGCAUCUGGCCAAAGCAUCAGUCUAUUUUACUUCUGAACUAUUGAUGGAAAUACCGUAUUUAUGCAACUAAGUUCCAAUUAGGUAUUUAAGCGUGGUUGCGCAUAUUGGACAUUUCCAUCAAUUAUAGUUUAGUAAAAAGAGUCGUGAUGAUUUGGCUUGAUGCAUUUCUGAACACGCCCAUUAUUACUUAGAUCGAACGCACUCUGCCUCAAGCCAAAGCAUCAGUCUCUUAUUUGUAAACUAUAAUUGAUGGAAAUGCCUUAUUUGCAUUUAUUCGGCAUUUAACCAUCGCUGCGCAUAUGGAUGUCCCCAUAAUUUAUAAUUUAAAAAUAAAAGACACUGAACACGGGUCGUAUUCUGUCCUCAAUCGAUUAUGCCCGUUUUACAACCUCAGUGUUGCGCAAACCAUUAAAUAAAGUUCGUUGUGAAUUUCUACCAACUUUUAAUCAGUUGGGGAGUUGCAACAGUGUUCUAAAUUUUCCUCAGUGCCGCUUUUAUUACGUGCCUCGAACAGGCCCAUGCUUAUCCAUUUUGGAUUCAGCUUCUUACGACAUGGGUGUGUUCAGAAAUGCAUCAAGCCAAAGCAUCAGACGCUUUUAUUUCUAAACUAUAAUUGAUGGAAAUGUCCAAUAUGCCCAACCACGGUUAAAUGCCCAAUUGGAACGUAAUUGCGUAAAUAAGGUAUUUCCAUUAGUUGUAGUUUAGAAGUAAAAGAGACUGAUGCUUUGGCUUGAUGCAUUUCUGAAGGCACCCUAUGGCAGCGCAGUAUAAGUAUUUAAAAAAUUUUGUUUGCAUUUACGGAAAAGUUUUUAGUCGAAUAGCUACAGCAAUAUGUUUUGUUUAUUCGGUUAUAAUACUGCAUUUACGAACAAACUUUAUCGUACGUGUUGUCUAUAGACAUUUCAUUUUCGCUCGAUAGCAAAAUUUACUCUUUAUUUCGCAGAAAAAGCAAUAAUUCAAUGUUAUCUAGUUUAAUUUUAAUAGUUAUGUAAAUCUUUAAUUAUGUGCAUAAUUCUGUAUAAGUUGUAGAAUUUGUUAAUCCCAUGCAGAAUGUCUGAAUAAAAAUGUGCAAAAUUGGUAUAUUAAACUAAUUGUGGUGCUAUUAUUUUUUUUUUAAUUUCAAGUCUUAGAUGAGCAGUGCAUGUUGGAGUAUCAAGAAUUAGUAAUGGUAGUUCUUCCAUUUUUUUAGAUUUUUGUGUGUGAUGAUUUUGUGUAUUAUUUUUUAAUGCAAAUGAUUAGUUCAAGGUUUCGGAAAGCAUAUCAAUUCGAUGCGUUGAGCAUGAUUUAAUGGUAUGAAUAAAUUAACCAACAUGUACUUUGUUUUUAGUUGUAACCAUUUGAAUGAACACAAAAAAAUCAUUUGCCUUUUAAUGUUACAUUAAUAUUUUAGUUGUACUUAUUCGUGAGUAGUAAACGUGAGAUUCCUUGUGCACACAAAAAUCAUAUACCUAUGAAUAUGACUAAGAAGUUCAUAAAUAGAAGUUUUAAUGUGCGAAAAUUUGUGUAGAUGAUAGCACUUAAAACAUGCAUUUAAUUAAAUCUAUAACCACCAUUUACUAUAUUAAUAUGAAAACUAAAUUGGCAAUACUGUUUAGAAAUGAUAUACUUUGUGUGUACGUUUAAGAUGUUUAUCGAUAUUAUAACUAGUAACUUGUCAUAAUUACAUACCACUUCUACUGGUCCAACACGAAUUGUUAAAUAGUAUGUAAAGUUUGUCAUUAUCUUCCAUUGUAUUAGUGUACAUACAGUUCACGGCCAUACAAAAUAAAUCGGGUUUACGACUCGGGGCGAAUCGUAACAUUUUAUGUGCAUA